UUGCAAGCGGCGGGCCGCCAACGUAAUUGUUCGCUGAUUUUUGAAGUUUUUUAGCAGCGAAUUGUGUGUCUUUGGCAAUUGGCUAGCGCAGUGUGUAGGUGUGUGUGCAGGUCUGUGUGCUGUUAGUGUGUGUUUUUGUGGGCUUGUGUGCGCAAUUGCAGCAACAAUUGCAGUUAACCGAGAAAACGACAGCAACAACAAACUGUUAAAAUUCAUGUAGAAAUAAAAGUGAAGCCGGUUUUAAAAUUACGCAAAAAAAAAAGCCAAGCGAAAAUUGCCCUCUUGUCCGCUUGUGUUUGUGCAUGUGUUAAAUCAAGCCACAAAAUCGUCAAAGCACAACAAAAAUUCAAUUAAAACUAGUUAAGAUUGCCAAUUGUGAAAAGCGUUGUCCAAAUUGACAACAACAGUAACUCAAAAACAAAAAAGUAAAGAAAAGAAGAGAGAUGCAAGCGUUUUACAUUUUACUAACCAUCGCGGCAGUCUCACUCGGAAGUGCCGCAUCGGCCACGCUGUCAGCAUCCGCCACAAGCGACCCACAGGAGGCGGAAUAUGUGGCCGCCUCCUCGCCAGGCUCACAAACGGAUACAGCACCACACACGUCUAGUGAUGACCUCGCUGCCUGCAGCCUCAGCUCGUCGGAACUGGAUGAGUGCAUACGGGGAAUGUUUGAUUCGAUUGUGCCGAGAUUGAGGUAUCAGGGUCUGCCGGAAUAUGGCUUGGGUUCCAUUGAUCCAUAUUUCUACAAGAGAGGCAUCUUUCGGUACUCGAACGACGGAAUACAAGGCGGACUGCUUAUAAAGAACAUGGAAAUUUACGGCAUCAGCGGCCUAAAAGUCCACAACGUUGCAUCCAAUUUCACGGACAGCGGCUUUGUCAUCAAAUUGGGCGUGGAGCUGCCACAGUUGAAGGCUGGCGGAUACUUCAAGGCGGACGUUAAGUUUGGCGGUCUGCGUUUGGUUCCCAAGGGACCAUUUAACAUAACCAUUGACGAUGUCAAGGCCACAAUUCUAACCGAUGGACACAUUGAGCAGCUGCCCAGUGGAAACCAGCGCCUUAGUUUGCAUCGCCUGAAUGCGAAUGUAAAUGUUGGCAGUGCUCGGGUCUUGGCCAAUGGCAUCUUUUCGGACCGCAAUCUAAAUGCUAUGAUCCUGAAUCUGGUCAAUGAGAAUUUGCCAGAGAUUACUCGCGUCGGUAUUCCCGCCACCCGUGAGCAAUGGGCGCCCAUUUUGGUUGAGCACAUCAACGAGUUCUUUGCCCCGGUUCCUAUAGAAAAAUUCUUGGUACAGUAAAGUGCUCGAAGCUCAAAUUGUAUGCAUUUUGUAGCUAAUUAGUUUUUAAUUAUUAUUUACGAAAUAUCAAUUAUUUAAAAUGCUGUUUCCAAAUAAUUACUGUGCUUAUUCAAUUGUCAGCGAUUUUCGGCAAGAAUUGUUACUUGAACAAAACGAAAUUCAUAUUUAUUUAUGUGAAAAAAAAACAUCUUUAAAUUUACAGAUGUUCAAACAUUUCAAAAUUAUUAAACUGUAAUGAAUAAUUGAUAACAUUUCAAUUGGCUUUUCAACUAUUUUAUGUUAACCAGACCGAAUGUUUGAUGGGCAUUGGAUUCAUUUUUGGUGGAUCCUAAAAGCAUGCAAUACAAAUGAAAUAAAUAUGGUGCACCUGUAGAGAUAAUAUGUAGCGCACUUUACGGUAGUUGGGCUUCUGAAAAAUUGGGAUCAAUUGUUAAAACAGUAGCUCUUGAUAUAAACAAUCAGAAUA